CGCCAGAGAUUGUCAGAACGCGGUACUCUGUCUUAGAGGGUGGUCGUUUUGCGCGUAGUUCGCGAACUUAGCAUCGCGCGGAAACCGUAUUAACCGGUAAAAAUGGCGGCGUCGUGGAUUCUGGCUGUGGUGCUUCUAGCUAUAACCUCACCAGUAUUGUCGGCUCCCGCUGCUCAACACGCAGAUGGUUCGCGGGAAAUGAAACCGGAUGUGCCUGUGGAGGAAUUAGAAAAAUUAAAGGCUGCUGAACCCAGCAAGGUAGAACAUGCUUCGCAUAUUGAAUAUCACAGUCUUGAUGCAGUGAAAUCCAACGGCGAAUUGGUAUCUCGACUGGAGCAGCAUGCCUCGGCAGAUGCGGCACCAGGAGAGAAGCCCAUCGUCCACGCUCAGGCGAAACUGGACGUGCCUUCCGAGGGCGUCCACCGAACGAUGGUUCAAGAGGGUUCGCAUGUCAGUGUGGUUGAUGUGACUACGCCUGCUGGCGAGGAGGUUACGACUAAGGUGUUCCACGGAGCGGCUCGCCUAGUGCAGCCCGGCACGGCCACCAACAACCAGAAAGACGGCCACACUGCCAUCCGACGCGCCUUCAACGCCGACAUCACCAAGGAAACUAAGAACAAUAUUGACCAUUACGCUUCGUACGCCGGCGUUCAGUACUCUCCUCUCGACAUGGCGGAGUAUGUGUUUUGGACUGGAGACGAGCGCGGAGUGACUGCGGCAAUCGAAGAGUUCCUGCAGGAAGGAAUGAUGUCCAAAGAAGAAGCCAUCGCGUUCCUCCAGGAGAUUAAAUUCAACAUCGAUUACCUACGAGCGCACUACUCGCAGAACGUUCGAGCGGAGGAAACAGCGCAGCAGGAGAAGCUGAGGAGUUUGCUUAUGGAGCAAGCUAACAAGGACUACCAAUACCGGCCAAUGUCCCUCCAGUCGUUCCCGUUCGGGAACAGCCCGGACAUCGUCCACUCCAUCGCGAGCAAGAACUGGGAGCUCAGCAACAACCUGUCGCCCAUGGGGCUGCCUGCCGAACUCAGGUCCGACCCCGUCAAGCGAUUUGAUCCUAUGCUGCAGACUAAUAUCAUUGGCACGUCUGACUACGACCGCGACGGACCAGUCAUCACCGAGGAGGAGUACGAGGAGAUGAUGGACAAACUGAAAGCCGCAGACACCCUGUACACCGAGUAUACGCUUGAGGAAAUCAUCUACCAGCUCGCUAAGAUGAUGUUCUCUCAAUCGCUGUCCCGCGACCCGGCGACGGCAAGAGCCGCCACGCAGCGCUUCAUGGCGUUCCUGGAGCGAGAGGCCGAGCGGGGACAACUCUCGAGGACCAUCGAGAAGAAAGUGCUGGACGUGAUGAUCGCCGCGCUGACUGACACCAUCGGAGACCAUCCCGAGCUGAUGCAGGCGCGGGACAACAUCGGCAUCAACCCUGCUAACCGUCUGAUGCGGCAGUUCCUGGAGGCGAGCUCCGCGGAGCCGAGCAUGUCGCGCGCCAUCCUGGCCGCCUACAAGGACGAGCUGCUCAAGGGCGUGCCGCACAAGCUGGCCUUCCCCGCCAACUAAACCACCCACCAAACCCAUGCUGACGACUACACCUUUUGUUUCAUUUAUUUUGGCUUGUAUUAAGGAUCUGUUGGACGUAGAAACAGGUUUUUUUAAGUUUUUUUUUAACGUAUGCACUUCUACUUUCCAGGGUUCCGUAUUAUUUAUCUAGUUUGGGUUGUGUGGCACGCUUUUCAAUAAUGGCCUUUCAAAAGAACGUUUAUUUAUAUCGUUUUUUUUAAGUGUGCUAUCACGGAUAAUUGAGUGAUUUAUAUUUUAUUAUAUUAAAUGGUUCUCGUUUCGUUGUUAAGAUAGAUUUGUUAUUAUUCAAGAAACCUAAAUUUCGGCAGCCAAAUGCUCAAAAUAAUUAUUAACUAAGUAAAUGGUAUGCUUACAAAUAAGUAUGAAACUACAUACAUACAUGACUACCUAUCAUUUUAAAAAUAAUAUUUUUAAAAUAUUACCUAAUACACCAAUGAAAUUCCUGUAGUUGACUCUGUUCACUCCAUACCAAGAGUAUGCAUGCCAUUUCUAUUGAUGUAAAUAUGUCACCGCUAUAAGUGUAUCAAUAUAAUGCAUUUACGCGAUUAUUUUACUAAUUUGAACAAAUAUAUGGUUAAGAGAAGCAAUGACAUAUAACAUUAUGUACCAAAGAAAUACCAAAUAUGAGAUUUGCAAAUGGAAGAGAUUUUAUUAAAUUAAAAUAUACUAGUUAUCUAUCAUUUAAUUGUUAAUGUUAACGAUACGCGUAUUAAAUGUUUAAGUAAAUACAUUUUUGUAUUAAAAGAUAAAUAGUAUUAUUUAGAAGUAGCUUUCAGUGUUUUAGUAGUGGAUAUUCUUGUUUAGCAUUAUUUUACUGACAAAAUUAUCUAGUUUAUAAUUUAAGAUAUAAGUUACAAUGUAGCAUAAGAAAACACAUUACGAUAUGAUAUAAUUAGCUAGUCAAAUAUUCUUCAUAUUUUUCUACAGCUAAAACUUUGUGAGCGAUGUGCAAUUGAUUCAGGUUACAUACUUAAAUAUUUAAAAAGGUCUUCCCUUAUAGAUUAGAUAAAAAAUCGUAACUAUGCCCGUCGAAUAGAAUAAAGAAAUCUCAAAGAUUUUAAUAUAUUUAUAGUAUUUAAACUGAGUAAUGCUUCUAUAUAGAAGAUUCUAAAUGUAGCGAAACGGAAAGUUUAAAAAAAAUAAUCAAAAGCUAUUCAGACUUUUUUACAGCAUUUUCAAUUUUUAAACAUGAAAUAGGUAGAAUUGUGGAUAGGUGACACCAAGACCCCCAGGGAGACCAUGGUGGAGCGAUUGAAUUUAUCCUUGGACGCCGUGUCCAAAUGGGGCGAGGCCAACUUGGUUGUAUUCAACGCCAAAACGCAGUAUCUUUUCAUCGCAAAACGGAGCCAGUUCACCUUGGCUCCCACUUUCCGGAAUGUAUCCCGAUUUCUCGCCGAAUCAGGUUCUCUCCCUAUACCAAGCCCGGGUCCGCUCGUGCAUGGAAUACUGCUGCCACCUAUGGGACGGUUCCGCCAAAUAGCAGCGGGCAGCCCUGGACUCGAUAGAGCGCCGGGCUCGUAGAAUUUUUGGCGUUGACCCAUCUCUUAAGUCAAAGUUACAGAGCAUCGCCGUCGAGUAGCUAGCCUAUCGGUGUUCUAUCAGAUACAUUCCGGGGAGUGCGCACAGGAACUGCACGACCUGAUCCCACCUUCCCCGUUCCAUCAUCGGACAUCCAGACGCGGGGUGCGAAUGCACCCGUUCGUGGUAAGAUUGUUUUUUGGUACGGACGGCUAAAGAUAGGAAUGCGCUCACGCCAUCUGUAUUCCCUGAUAAAUAUAACCUUUAAAGCAGGAGUGAAUAGGCUACUACUGAACCGCUGAGCUCCAUUUUAGGCCUUGUCUUCACUUUCCAUCAGGUGUGACUAGGGCCAAUCGCCUAUCAGUUUAUAAUGAAAAAAACAACGGCCAAGUGCGAGUCGGACUCGUGCACAAAGAGUUCCGUACCAUUAUCAAUAAAAACGCCAAAAGAAUCACGUUUGUAGUAUAGGAGCCCCCUUAAAUAUUUAUUUUAUUCUGUUUUUUUAGUAUUUGUUGUUAUAGCAGCCACAGGCAUAUAUCAUCUGUGAAAAUUUCAACUGUCUAUCACAGUUCAUGACAUACAGCCUGGUGACAGACGGACAGACGGACGGACGGACGCACUUAGUUAUUAUUAAGACCCCACUAUUGGGUCCCGUUUUACCCUUUGGGUAUGGAACCCUAAAAAGGUGUCAAAAAACAAAUAGUGUUUUUUCGAUUGCGCUUUUUCAAACAAAAAGGGGUUUUCCUUGUCUAGUCAUCAAAAUUUGCCUGCUUUUGCCCCAAUAUAAUAGCUUUUUCUUCCAUAGCUCUUUUCAGGCAUAUCAAAAUUAAAUAAACAUAUCCCUAGAUUGAAUUUAUUUUUAAUAGCAAAUCAUUUUUACGCAGCAAAGCGAAUUCUGUACCUAUUUAGGAAAACAAUUUGAAGGAAUUGCACAUCACUAUUAUCUCUCAACUUAUAUAACAACAUUCAUGUACUUCAUAAAGAGCAUAUUUUGUAAAAAUAGAUUAGAGCCAUGUCUUUCUACUAGAAUCACAAAAUAUAUUAUUUACCUACCUACUUAAAGUAAGACUUGAAAUAUAAUAUUAAUCAGCAUUGUUGGAAAUAAUGCUAUGUUAGUGAUCGGCAAAAUUUAUUAUAUUUAUAUUAUUCUUUGAAAUAUAUUGUGGAUUUAAUAAAAAAGUUUAAAUGUGA